UACACAUGUACCAUGCCAUUUACUGUUGAUGUGAAAGCCAAAAUUUUUGACCUUGAAGCAUUCAAAGAGAAAGUGAAAGUUAAAAGCCAAUCCGAGGGAGAAGUCUUAGUUCAAGAGGAUAUUUUCUUUAAUGUUCCCCAAGGAAGGUUAAAGUUACGAAAUACAGAGAACAAGAGAUCAGAGUUAUGUUUUUAUGAGCGUCCUGAUCAGGAAGAGGGGAAGCUGAGUGACUUUGCCACCUCUUUUAUAAGUGAUCCCGAGGGUCUAAAGGAAACUUUGAAAAGAGCUCUUGGGAUCAAAGGAAUCUUGAAGAAGGUGCGGAACUACUUUCAGAUUGGCCAGACUAGAAUUCAUGUGGACCAAGUAGAAGGUUUGGGGAACUUUAUGGAAUUGGAGGUAGAACUUAGAGAGGGACAGUCCUUAGAAGAGGGGCAGGAGGUUGCCAUGGCAUUAAUGGAGGAACUGGGCGUGCCCUCAGAUCAUCUUAUUUCCGUGGCCUACAUUGACCUUUUACUCCAAAAACAGACUUAUUUAAAAAAAGAAAGUACAAGCAGCUGAAUGAAAGUAAGGUUUUUAGGAAAGAUUGAUCAUCAAACUAAUAGCCCAACAAUGAGUGCACCAUUCCAUAGACAAUGAGUGGAGACUGGAUUAGAAAACCAUGCAGGCAUGGCUGGAAUUAUUAACAUGGUUACAAUGACUAUAAUGUUGGGAAUCUUUCAAGUCCACUGUCAGCAUAGAAAUGUGAAUGUGAUGGGACACUUUCACCAUAAACAGUCAUGGGUAUCUGUACAUCUAAACUUGCAAUAAACCUUUUAUAUAUGA